CACAGACAUCGUGCUGCUCUGCUUCUGGUGGAGGAAAAGUCUCGCGACUCUCGAACUGAGCCAGCCCCCACGAGAAGCUCGGGAGCAUUUCCGUGCGGAUUUGUGGUGGGGAACUGUGAGAUCAUGGCGUGCGCAUCGCAGGCUCUGAUGAACACGCUGAUAUCCGCGAACGGGUGCACGUUCAGCAACCCUUCGCCGAGGUUCUUCUCCAGGAGGCAUCGACCCCUGAAGAAGCAAGAACCCAAGCCCUUCGCCGCCCGAGCAUCCGCCACCGAUGAUGAUGCCGACUGCAAUGUCGAAGAGUGUGCUCCUGAUAAGGAGGUAGGAAAAGUGAGCGUGGAAUGGUUAGCAGGAGAAAAGACCAAAGUGGUGGGCACUUUUCCUCCAAAGAAGAAAGGUUGGACUGGAUACGUUGAGAAGGACACUGCCGGUCAGACCAACAUAUACUCUGUUGAGCCUACAAUUUACAUAGCGGAAAGUGCGAUAAGCUCGGGAACUGCGGGUUCAUCUGCCGAUGGAGCUGAAAACACGGUAGCGAUUGCUGCGGGUCUUGCUCUCAUUUCCAUCGCCGCUGCUUCGUCAGUACUCCUCCUGGUCAGCAAGAACGAACCCCAGGUGCAAAAGGCCGUAUACUCCGGGCCAUCGCUAAGUUACUACAUCGACAAAUUCAGACCGCCAGAAAUUAUCCAAGCAUCGGUGCCGAGCCAAAUCGAAUCUGCAGUGGUGGCACAACCAGAAAUGUCUGCCCCGGAAGUUUUGCAGAUUCAAGCUGCUUCUAGCGGUUAGCCCGAGGCCUCGUCGUGAACGUGAAAAUCGGAGUUUCUUGGUGGAAUUUAAGCUCUGUUUUGUUGAGGGCUCUUCUUCUGUACUGUAAAUGCAAAAUAUAAUCUCGGUGAUAUGGUUUUUGAUGUUCCUUUUAGUCAAAAAGGAAAGAGCAAGGAAUGUUUUGUUACUGCAGAUAUUCUACUCAAUUGAUGUGCAGUCGAAACCAA